UCGGGCGCGACAAUCCGAAAAAACUUACAACAAAAAUAUUAAUGGCAGAAACAAACAUUGAAACUGACAUAUUUUUCAAUUUUUACACAAAUAGGAAUAUCCGUUGAGACGGAAAUCGUCAACAAAUAAAACCAUGCCACUGUCUCCAAGAAAAAUGUUGCGACAAUUAGUGCAGCAACAAAACAAUGCUGAACUUAUUAAUAAUUUAAAAGACAGUACUUUACCUUUGAUGGAAAUGUCUCUAAAGGCUGGAAAUCAUUUUGAAAAAAUUGUGAAAGGACUUGAUGAUCUACGACAAAAAUCUUUACUCUGUGACUACACUUUGAAAGCAGACGAUGAAAGCUUUGCAGUCCACAAGGUUGUCAUGGUGGCAUGCAGUGAUUAUUUUCAAGCAAUGCUGACCAGUAAUAUGAAAGAAUGCCACGAGAAUACAGUGGAGUUGAAAGGAAUUUCAGGCAAUGGUUUGAAGAUCAUUGUAGACUUUGCAUACACAGGGGAACUUAAGUUAAACACACAGAAUGUUGAAGAUGUUCUAUCUGCUGCAACACAUUUACAAGUCAGUGAUGCUAUGGAUCUGUGCAGCACAUAUCUCGAAGCCUCCAUCUCUGUGCGUAACUGUGUUGACAUUCUAAACAUUGCAGAGCUGUAUUCCUUAGAGCCCUUAUGUCAAGCUUCUAGACGAUUCAUGCUUCACAACUUUGAGGAACUGUCAGAAUCAGAACAGUAUUCAAUGCUGAAUAACGUACAGUUAUCACAGCUCCUGGCAGAAAACAGCCUCCGUGUGUCCUCAGAGUUCACACUGUUCAACCUUGUUCUGAAGUGGAUUCGAUAUGAUCCAGCAGAGAGAGAACAAUUCGUGUCUGAACUGAUUGAAAAUAUCAAGUUUCCCUUGAUGACAGGAGAAGAACUUGUGGAGAAAGUCAGUAAGGUUCCAAUAAUGAAGCAGCAUCCUGAAUGCAGCAGUCUGCUUACUGAAGCCAAAGAUUAUCACAUUGUAGUCAGCAAGCAACCUUUGCUCCAGAACAAGAGAACAAAGGUCCGAUCAGAUGCACCAGUUCUAGUCAUGUGCCAUGCUUCAAAUCUGGAGACAUUCAAUUUCAGAAAUACCAAACGCGGCUACCUAAAGGAGGCUAUAGUUCCAUUGUACAAUCCAUCAGUAGCUGUUGUGGAUAACUUUUUGUACACAUGUGGAGGAAAGUAUGAAGGGGCAGGAAGUAGCACAGACAUUGCAACAGCCCGUUGCUUCAGAUACGAUCCAAGGUUUGACACAUGGUUUGAGUUAGCUCCCAUGAAUGAACCUAGGAAAGACUUUGUGAUGCUGGCAUUGGACACCAAGCUUUAUGCAAUUGCUGGGCAGGAUGAAAACAAGGUAAUGCAUACUGUGGAAUGCUAUGACAUCAUGAGCAAUGAAUGGGAGAUGAAGCAGCCAUUGAGUCGGCAUGUUUAUGGCCAUGCUGGGUGUGUGUGCAGUGGCAAAAUCUAUGUGUCUGGUGGACAAGUGUUUGUUGGAACAUGGAAAAAAUUCUUUGCUUAUACCCCAGAAGAGGAUACCUGGGAAGAGAGAGCCCCAAUGCUGCAGAAUAGGCUUAACCAUAUCAUGAUGGAAGUGAAGGACAAGAUCUACGUUAUUGGAGGUAACAUUGAGGAUGCGUAUGGGUUUCCUAUCCCCAUUACAGAAAUUGAAAGAUACUGUCCAAGGGCCAAUCAGUGGACAGUCUGCAAAGCCAAGUUUAACAUCCGUGAGGCAGGGUCCUGUGUUCUGAACAAUACAAUUUUGAUUGUUGGAGGGAUAGGUGGAGAGCAUUACCUGUCUGAGUAUGUUCAGAGAUAUGACCCAGAAAAAGACAAAGUUGAGAUUGUAGAACACUUUGCUACAAGAAUCAAUGGAAAAGCUUGUGCUAUUUUAACUCUUCCUCACUUUAUUUGAAUACCAGUAAAUGGCAAAAAGUAUUAUUAAACUAAAGGCCACAAAAAUACAAACUGUUACAGGUGCUGUAAAUUAAUCCCUUAGAUAACAGAGUGUACUAGUGAUUAUUAUAUAUCAAUCAGGGAAGAGAUGGUGCAAGUACUUAUAUGUAUCAUAGUUUUAAAACUUGUGUGUGUUGGGGGG